ACUUCAACCCAACCAUGUCUCCCCCAAUCAAAAUCUUAUCUCAUCUCUAAACAAAACCCUCUUUCACAAUCUCCCCAUCUGCCAUUUUUCUUCCAAAAAUGGCUGCAAUCUUCUCGUGUUCUUCCCUCUACACCACUUCAAAAUCAUCUCUCUUCAACUACCCUAACCAACCUACUUCCUCCAUUCGCAGAUUCAGACCCAUUUGUUCUUCUUCACACAACCCUAAUCAAGUUCAAUUCACCCACAAACAGAAAGAUAGGUUUAGUGGGAUUAAAGAAUGUGUGUUGUCUGUAGCUUUGGCAAUUGGGUUGGUAACUGGUGUGCCGGCAGUGGGCUUUCCGGGUAAUGCCGUUGCGGUUGCCGUUAAUCCGGCAUUGUCGGAUUUAGCCGUGCUGAUAUCCGGGCCUCCGAUUAAGGAUCCGGAAGCUUUACUGCGGUAUGCUUUGCCAAUUGAUAAUAAAGCUAUCCGGGAGGUGCAGAAGCCUUUAGAGGAUAUUACCGAGAGUCUCAAGGUGUCGGGAGUAAAGGCUCUUGAUUCGGUCGAACGAAAUUUGAAGCAAGCUAAAAGAGCGCUUAUCCAGGGGAAGAGCAUGAUCAUAGCGGGAUUAGCGGAAUCGAAGAAAGACCAUGCGAUCGAGUUGCUUGGAAAACUCGAAGUUGGGAUGGAAGAGCUUCAGAAAAUUGCGGAGGAUAAGAAACGAGAUGCAGUAGCACCGAAACAGAAGGAGCUUCUGCAGUAUGUUGGAGGUGUUGAAGAGGAUAUGGUUGAUGGCUUCCCGUAUGAAGUUCCAGAAGAAUAUCAAAACAUGCCUCUUUUGAAAGGGCGAGCGACGGUGGAUAUGAAAGUCAAAGUCAAAGACAAUCCUAACCUUGAGGAAUGUGUGUUCAGAAUUGUUCUUGAUGGUUAUAAUGCUCCUGUAACGGCUGGAAACUUUAUAGAUUUGGUGGAAAGACAUUUCUAUGAUGGCAUGGAAAUCCAAAGAUCUGAUGGCUUUGUUGUUCAAACUGGCGAUCCCGAAGGCCCUGCUGAAGGUUUUAUCGACCCCAGUACAGAGAAGACGCGUACAAUACCUUUGGAAAUUAUGGUAGAAGGUGAAAAGACGCCUGUAUAUGGAUCAACAUUGGAAGACAUUGGUCUGUACAAGGCCCAAACUAAGCUACCGUUCAAUGCAUUUGGAACUAUGGCCAUGGCAAGAGAGGAAUUUGAAAACAACUCAGCCUCAAGCCAGGUGUUUUGGCUUUUAAAAGAGAGUGAAUUAACCCCUAGCAAUGCAAACAUUUUGGACGGGCGUUACGCUGUGUUUGGAUAUGUAACCCAAAAUGAGGACUUUUUGGCUGAUUUGAAGGUUGGAGAUGUAAUCGAGUCGGUUCAAGUAGUUGCAGGGUUGGAUAAUCUUGUUAAUCCAAGCUACAAGAUUGCUGGGUAAUUUGUCCAUUUUCAUAUUACUUUAUGAGGAUUGGUUGGAGAACAGUGGAUCAUUUUUAUGAGGGAAUUAUUAUAAUGUACUAUACUUUACUUAUAUGUAUGUUUUUAUAACUUUUGUAUGGCUUAUUCAUAUGAUAAUAAUGAUUCAAGUUUUUUAAACA